AUGGCUUACUCAUUAACCAGAAAAUUGCUUAAGGAUUGGAAAUAUUUGAUGCGCCAUCCUGAAAAGACUCUGGGCCUAUUUCAUGUAAGACCACAUGAUUCGGACUUACACCUUUGGCAUGUGUUAUUUUGUGAGCCCAGGACUAGUUUGGAGAUGUACCUGUUGCUUUAUAUUGCUGGUGAUGACCAGGAUCCGUAUAUAAUCAUGAAAUGUUUGUCUCCAAAUUCUCGUUUCCCCAUUAACAGGACCGUUUCGAUGACACAUUUGAAUUAUCUGUUGUUAAGAGAGUUGGGGUUUCAAGAUUUACUUUCCCAUAUAUGGCAACCCUUUUUUCACAUUCAACCAAUAGACGAUUUUCAAUUCUCCCCCUCAAUGGUAAAAUUCAACAAGGCAUGGAAUAGAAUUAUAUAUAAAGACUUCAAGUCUUAUUUCCCAGAGCUAAUAGGCACCUUACAACCAGGUGACUAUGCUAUAGUUAAGAGCUACACUAAAAAUCAUAAUAUCAGUAAUUGCAAUAGUAACACUGUUAAUGAGUUCAUAUCAUUUUAUAACGCUCAAAAUCACAAUUCCCACUGUCAGGACAAGAAAAGCUUUAGCAGUAACAGCAUAAAUAGUAGCGGCAUAUCAUCUACUUUCAACAACAAUAGCAAUAACAAGAAAACACAUACCUACAAAGCGAUCGAUUUCAUGGGCAGGAAUCUACUUGCAUGUGAUGACGACAGUAUACACGCAGUAAUAAGUCCCAAAAGAUCAAGAUCGUCGUUAUCCUCGGAUGGAAUGAGUGAUAAUAGUAACAAUGGGCAUUGCACGAAGAGGAAAAGAGUCUAA